AUGGAGGCCCAGGCCGGCAUCGACCAGUCGGAUCCUCCAACGAGGCUAAAUUACAUCCCGCCCGGUCAUGCAGCGUUACGGUACUGUACCUUUCCCACUGCGGGAGGGGCCAGUCUCCACCUGAAUUGCCCCUUUGAUCACGAGAGGGCCCCCUCGGUUUCAGUAGUGCGCUCACCACCUCGUGCAACCCCUUCCCCCCCUCGCGGGUGCAAACAACCUGAACGGCAGUCUCGCCCCUCUCGUUACGUCGUCACGUACGGUAUUGACCUGCCGCUGUCGCGUCCCUCCGAUCGCUCGGCCGUUUUGAGACGGUCCACGGACCCAGUCGACUCCUUGGCCGGCCACUCACAACACGACCCUCUCGGACGGACUGGGGAGUCGCUGCACGCUCUCGGUGGUCAAUCCGGUCCUCGCAGGAGAAAGUCUUAUCUUGUUACUCCAAUCCAGCCCCGAAAAAGUCCUUUGACGUUCGCUGUCUCGUCUCCAUUGUACUACUCUGCGUUCCCUCGUGUCGCUCGCUACAAUCUCUCUAACUGUGCCCCGGUGUCACGGCCGAAACCGCUGACGGGACCUGAAAUCAUCCCUCCGCGACUGCCAACCGCCAGGACAUAUCAUCCCCUCCCCUCUACUCCCUCAUUCCUCUCCUUCCCAUCCACGUUCAGCUUAUUGAAUCGCCAACUGGUCAUGCGCCAGAGCCCCUCUCUUCGAGCUGCACCAGGCACCGUCGCCAAAGGGGUCGUGCAUGGACUGACCGUGGAAUCUCUUUCAGGGCGUUAUGGCGUCGUCCUAGACGCGGGAUCGUCUGGGACCCGUGUCCAUGUCUAUCGUUGGUUGCGUAAUGCGGUUGCUCGCAAGAAGGCGGGCCAAGAGGAUCUCAAGUCUCUUCCAGAGAUCAAAACAAAGGAGGGUUGGGUCAAGAAAAUUCGUCCUGGGGUUUCGUCCUUUGCGAAUCGGCCCGAAGCCGUCGGGCCAGAGCAUCUCGAGGAGCUCAUGAAUCAUGCCAAGAGCAUUGUCCCCGAAGAAGAUGUCAAAGACACUCCGAUCUUUCUCCUGGCGACCGCCGGUAUGCGACUUCUCGGAAACCUGGAGCGUCAACUUUUGCUCGAUCAAGUUUGCAACUACGCGCGGGCGAACACCGAUUUUCUGCUCCCGGACUGUGGCGUUCACAUUCAGGUGAUCCCCGGUGUGACCGAGGGACUCUACGGAUGGAUCGCGACGAAUUACUUGAUGGAUGCAUUUGAUGCGCCCGAGAAGCACGAUCAUGGCAAAGGCCACCACACGUAUGGUUUCUUGGAUAUGGGCGGCGCCUCCGCCCAGAUCGCCUUUGCGCCCAAUGCGACGGAAACGGAGAAACACGCCGAGGACCUGACCCUGCUUCGUCUGCGGAAUAUCGACGGCUCCAUGCAGGAACAUCGUGUCUUUGUGACUUCGUGGCUCGAAUUUGGCGUCCAUGAGGCGCGUCGACGGUAUCUGGAGGCAUUACAGGCGGCAGCGGGUCCGGAGGCGCAAGAGCUUCCCGAUCCGUGCCUGCCCGAAGGCUUGCGCACGACGUUAGAUGGUACGGAAGUUCCCCCCACCGCCGCGGCGGAGCCUCUUCUGCUGGGGACCGGCAAAUUCGACGAGUGCCUGCGACAAACGUACCCUCUCCUGGACAAGGAUGCACCGUGCUCGGAUCACCCCUGUCUUCUGCAUGGUGUCCAUGUCCCGGCGAUCGACUUUGAUGUCAACCACUUUAUCGGAAUCAGUGAGUACUGGCACACGACCCACGAAAUUUUCGAGAUGGGUUACAAGGACAAAGCCUACGACUUCCACACCUAUCAACAACGAGUCAACACCUUCUGCUCCCAAGACUGGUCAUGGAUUGAGAAUGGCAUUCGAGAAAAGAAAUGGGGCAAGAAAGUCGACCAGCAGAAGGCUCAGGAGGUAUGCUUCAAAUCAUCAUGGAUUAUCAACAUGCUUCACGAUGGAAUCGGAGUGCCCCGGGUUGGUCUCGACAAGACCACGGGCUCACAUCACAAUGGAACAAAAGAGGUCCUCUCUCACACAAAAGAGAAAGGAUACCUGGAUGCGUUCCAGGCCGUCAACAAAAUCGACUCGACGGAAGUGAGCUGGACGCUGGGCAAGAUUGUACUCUAUGCUUCCUCGCAGGUCCCCGCACAGGUGGAGGAAGCAUCUCUCCCCGUCGGAUUCGGGAGCAAUGUUCCUGGAAUUCCUCCCGACUUCCAGUAUCCCAGUGUGGAGUUGAUCCCUGAUACCGAUGGAUUACAUGGCGACCAUUGGCAUGACUCCCUAUUCGACGGAGACUCUCCCCGCCGCAUCCCCGGAAUCAUCUUGUUUGUUUUCCUCGUCGGGGUGAUGUGCUUCUUCCUCUGUGGUCGCAGCCGCCGGUCCCGCAUCUAUCUGCAGAUCAAUAACGCUCUUCGACGAGGGGGUCCGUCCCACCCGAAUCAUCCCAAGAAACGCAAGGGGUUCGGGGCCAUGCUGCCUUUCUUGAACCGGAAUGGAACCGCCUACGAGCGCGUCAUGGAAGAAGGAGCGCACGACUUUGAACUUGGCGGCACCGACUCCGAUCACAGUGAUUCCGAUCCAGGUCGCCCUUCCGAAAGCGACUCGAUUGCUCUUCGGCCGCCCACCAAGCGAACGCAAAGUUGGGGUUGUAAUAAUAGUGCCCCCGCUUUGAAAUACAGUUUGGACAACACCUCAUCGGGCACCAUCGGCUUGGGCAUCAGUGGCGGUUCGGGAAUCGCCAUGGACCGCGCAGGCCUGGUCGUCCGGACUGAAAGCCGCGAUCACCUCGCGCCUAUCGCCCUGGGACCUACCACCAACGGACGUCGAUCACGGGCAACGAGUCCCACCCGAUCUCAUCACUCCAAGUCUCCGAGCAUGACUCCUCUUGCCGACGAUUAA